AAGCCACCAAAUCCGCGUUGGAGAAGGGUCUGGAUUAUUCACCGGAUGAGCCCCUACAGGCGCGUCGCGCCGUUUCCAGUCAGGGCAGCCGCAGCUGGGGGCCAGCUGGGACUGCGGCGCGCUGACUCCGAGCACGCCACGCUGCGGCGCGCCCCGGGAUUGAGAAGUUUGGAAGCAUGUGAGAAUGACAGUGUGUCUCGGGCUCCGGCGUGCCAGGAAUUUCGAAACUGCCCUGCAAGCCCAUCAGCAUCAUAACAAGGCGGCUCCAACCAUAACAACCCCCGAGCAGGAGAAGGAGCAAGGAGCCUUUUGGCGUCUUAGUUAUUUUUUUUUUUGGGUCCGUGGGGGUGGGGAGGAAGAGCAGGGCUUGUUCAAUGCUAUGCUAAUCUUUUAAGCGCUCUUUUCUUGCGCUACGCUGCUUUUCUUUCUUCUCCAUUCUCUUCACACUAAGGAGUGGGUGGCUCAUCCGGCAGCAACAGGAGGAGGCUAAGUCCGGGGCAGCUGUCAAAAUCCUCCUCCCCCUCCCCCUCCCCAGUUUAAUGAUCAAACGCCUGGCUAGGAAGAAAGGCAGGAACCAGAAGGCGCAGAGGCUCUGGCUGCCCUGCACUGUCACAUCACACGCUCUGUUGUGUGUGUAUGAGAGAGUAUCCCGCUCCCUCCCCUCCACUGACAACCGUCUCCGCAGCCAGAGAGGAGGAGGAGGAGGCAAAGCGUCUAUUGCUCUCAGUUACUCUCUCACUUACUCAUUGCUGAAAGGUGGGCGGAGGGUACCUUUCCCCCUGGUGCCUUUUCUCACGUUGACAAGCUGGGGCCCAGCAUCGGAGAGGGGGGGAAAAAGAACAAAGAAAGAAGAGGAGGGAAAGCACCAAAUCCGGACCAAACAUCCCAGGCAGAAGGAAGCUGUCAGCUCGCGGUGACACAACACACAGCCCAUUGAAGCGCCCGGGGUAGCAGCCACGGCUGGGAAGGGAGCCCUCUGCCCGCCUUCCAAGUUGCAAAGCGGAGAUUGCUCCGCAAGCAAGAAAAGGCGACUUGAUUUGUGCGUGGGGUGCCCGUUGGGUAGCAAGUCUUGCCAGCUGGUGCAGUCCGGGGCUCGAGACCACGAUGAAAAGUAAAAAAGUCACACUGUACACUUUGCUGAAGAGCGGAAUUGCAGACUGUUGUUCAGCCACAGAGUAUGAAGUGUAGCUGCAAUAUCUGGCAGUGAGACAGAGGAUGAUGACACCAUGGAUGUCCCACUGGAUCUUUCCUCUUCCACUGCCUCAGGCAAACGGAGGAGACGUGGUAACCUGCCCAAGGAGUCAGUGCAGAUUCUUCGGGACUGGCUGUAUGAGCACCGAUACAAUGCCUAUCCAUCAGAGCAAGAAAAAGCACUACUGUCCAGACAAACACACCUCUCUACACUACAGGUCUGCAACUGGUUUAUCAAUGCACGCCGCAGGCUUUUACCUGACAUGCUGAGGAAGGAUGGCAAGGAUCCAAAUCAAUUCACUAUCUCACGAAGAGGGACCAAGAUUUCUGAAGGCAGCCCAGUGGAGUCUUCCACAGGCACAAAAAACUACAUUCCACUGUUGGAAGAGAACUCAUUUAUUUCUGGUACCACAGGACUAAACAAGGCUGUCUCUUCUAAACCUUCUUCCCCAGGAUCUGUUUUGGCUCGACCUUCAGUGAUUUGCCAUACCACUGUAACUGCAUUGAAAGAUGCCCCUUUCCUUUUGUGCCAGCCAGCUGGUGUAGGCCCGACCACCGACCUGCAGCAGACAUCAGCUAGCAGAUUCACAGACAACCCUCUUGAAUACCACGAGGAUGCUUCUAAACUAGGACCUGGUACAAAUGCACAAAGUGGCCUUUUCAACACUCCUCCUCCUACCCCACCAGACCUCAACCAAGAUUUUAGUGGAUUUCAACUUCUGGUGGACGUUGCACUCAAAAGGGCAGCAGAGAUGGAGUUGCAGGCAAAACUUAUGGCCUAAUCCCCCCUUUUUUUUCAGGCAGGAAUUUAACAAAUAUGUGAUUAUUGCUGCCCAUGUGAUAUCAAAAGACUAACUGCAUUUUUUAUUAUUAUUAUUAAUCUUAUUUGCACAAGGGAUUGCUGAAAUGAAGCUUCCUGUCACUGAGGUGGUCUUCAGUGAAAUAUGGUCAUUCCAAGAAUUAUAAACUUAAAACUACUGUAGAAACAAAGGGUGUUUUGUUUGUUUGUUUUUGUUUUUAUGUUUCUUAGUAGGUUUUUCAUAAUGUGAGAUGGUUCCCAAGAUCAUGUGAUUUUUGUUUUUGUUUCUUUCAGACUGUGCAAUAUCUAGUAAUGAUGUAGACUUCUUAUCAUUCCCGUGUAGAACAGAAUAUACCAACAUGCUGUCUAAAACAAAUGUUCAGUUUUUUUAAACAAUAUGAACCUGGAUGAUUAUGCUUUUUUUC